CAGUUUAGGGGGUAAAUGCUAGCACGUUGGCCACCUUUUAGCAUAACGUGUUUUUCCACGUUCUUUUUUAUUGGUCGGUGAGUGAGCGUCCCUGAAAACUCGUGGAUGCUUCUACGCUCAGCUGGCUUUUGUACAAUGUGCCCGAUGCGCUGAGGCGCACCUCCACCUCGCCAUGAUUGAAGUUUGAUAGGCAAUCAAUCAGGUAGACAUGGCAUCAUCACCUGUAGUCUGGUAGAACCUACUAAUUUACUAGAAAGGUGGAUAACAUUUACCAGACGCCAAAAUGUGCUACAGAGGACGGCGUUGUGCAAUUAUUCGACGAUGUCAUUCGUGACGAUGGUUUUCUAGCAGGUAAGCUAGUAAACAUUAGCAGGCUAGGUGCUUCGAUAAAAUCUGUGAGACUCUUCUGAGGAACCUGUGGUACUUCUACGAUGACGCUACAUAGCUGAAGGAGCUGUUAGUUAUAUAGAUGCACAGGGCUGGUUGAUCACCUGAUUUUCACCUGGCUGAAAUAACAUGUUUGGACUAGCGCAGUCUCGUGUGCUGGAAAAUUCCUGACUUGAUUCCUCAAGGGUGGAGUCCUGCUUCUGCGUCUGCAGCAACGAACGUACGCGCCCAGGGGGAUUGGCAAGUGCCGGCAAUAGUGGGUCUUCUUGUGACAAUCACUUGCAUGACCGACCGACCGACCGACCAACCUGUGGACACAAUUUGCUUGUCAGUGUUACCAACCACUUCUGUUUUCCACGGGAUCUCUAGUUCCCUUGACGGCAAGGCUGUACUUAGAGAGAAGAAUUUCUUGUAAUAUCCACCCGGCUAAACAGAAAUGCUUCAUGCAGCACAAGGUGGAGAAUCACCAUUGCAGGGUCUUGACAUCCCACAACCUGACGUCCUUUUCCACAAACGGUUGUGUGUACCACUGGCCAUGCCGCCCACAUUUUGUCUACCUCGACUUUCAAAACCAAUAUGGAUUUCUGGCCAAAGGGUUAAGAUUAGUCUGUCAAACCAAAUGUUGUAAUCCUUUUGCUUACCCGUGAGACACAUUAAGUUAGUGUGUCUAAUGCGGAAAUGUGUGCGGGAGAGACAUCAUCUUUAUCAUCUUGGACGUUCUGAAGAGAGAGAGAGGGGCUUGCAAGAGAGGGAGGUCCAACAAGGAGGAAAUAAGAGCAAAGGGGGUGACGUAAAGCAAGUGGCCUGUCGAUCAGCCCCGGUCACAUGCAGAACGCCGCCAUGGCCCCUAAGACUGGCAGCGGUACAGAGGCCGCAUGUGGUGCAGAUGAAGCAGCGGCGGAGCUGCCGGAUAAACGUCCUGGCCCAGGCGGUGGCAAUGACGGCUUCCUCCUCCUUAAAGGGGAGAAGGAGAAGAAAGAUGCCGAGAGCCAAGACGGGUCGACCAGUGACGCCGCUGAUGCCACUCCUGGCCGCCGCACCCCGAUGUCCAAGUGGGUGAUGAACGGCGCGAUCAUGUUCGGCAGGGAAUUCUGCUACGCCAUGGAGACGGCCCUGGUGACUCCUGUGCUGCUGCAGAUAGGUCUGCCGGAGCAGUACUACAGCCUGACAUGGUUCCUGAGUCCUGUACUGGGUCUCAUCUUCACCCCUCUGAUUGGCUCGGCCAGCGACCGCUGCACCCUGAAGUGGGGCCGACGGCGGCCCUUCAUCCUGGCCCUGGCGGUCGGCGUGCUGCUGGGUGUCGCCCUCUUCCUCAACGGCUCAGUCAUCGGCCUGGCCGCGGGAGACAGGGUUGGCAAGCAGCCCAUUGGCAUUGUCCUGACUGUGCUGGGCGUGGUGGUGCUAGACUUCGCUGCGGACGCCUCGGAGGGCCCCAUCCGGGCUUACCUGCUGGACGUGGCCGACACGGAGGAGCAGGACAUGGCCCUCAACAUUCAUGCUUUUUCAGCAGGGCUGGGUGGAGCGGUGGGCUACAUGCUGGGCGGCCUGAACUGGACCAACACGGCACUGGGCCGAGCUUUCGGGGCCCAGGAGCAGGUGCUUUUCUUCUUUGCCGCCAUCAUCUUCACCGUGUCCGUCACGCUGCACCUGUUCAGCAUCCAGGAGCAGCCGUACAGCCGGCAGCAGCAGCAGCAGCAGCAGCGCUUCAGCCUGGACAGCGAGGAGAACGCCGACGAGCUGUCGGUGGGACGUGUCAGUCUGCCCAAGCUGGACCUGAUCGGGGAGGAGGAUGAGUCGGUGCAAGGUGGUGACGAGCUUCCCGAGCGCUCGGGCCAGGACGUGCAGAUGGACUUCCUGAGCGUGGACAUGGUGCGCAGCAAGAGCGACUCGGUGCUGGCCAUGCCGGACGCCACCAUCCAGCUGGACCCAGACCUGGAUCUGGACCGGACGCUGGGUCUGAUCCCUGACGUGGACUCGCCGUUUCUGUCGAUCGAGGGCGACUCGGUCUUCCAGGACGCCUUCCAGCCGGCCCCGUCGUCAACGCAGACCGUCGGCAGCAGUCAGCGUUCGCUGGCCAGGGGCUCCGUCACCCGGGAGGAGCGGCACUCCACCGGGUCCAUCAGGACUAGGAACGGAGCCCUGGUGGUGGCAGCCGGCUCGAGCCCCGGGGCCAGCGAUCCUCCUCCGGUCGGCACUGGCAACCAGCAGCAGCAGCAGCUGGGCGGCAGGGUGGGCCAACGCCUCGCUGCCCCUGCCGCUCUCGCUCCCUACACACGCCACAGACACUUCUCCUUCUACCGGCAGCCCUCGUUCACCUUCUCCUACUACGGCCGGGUGGGCUUCCACCGGCGACAGCGCGCCCGCGCGGGGGCGAUGUCUCCGGCCACGCGCGUCAUCACCUCCACCCAGAGCAUGAGCGACCUCUACGAGAUAGGCCGCCGUCGGCCGAAGCGGCGUCAUCACCGGUCGCCGCGGAGACCGCGGCCUCGCGGCACCUCGGAGUCGAGCAGCUCGAGCGAGGAGGAGAGCGAGGACGGGGAGGGCGAUCAGGACCUGGGCACCACCGUCAAGCUGCUGUGGCUCUCCAUGCUGAAGAUGCCCCGGCAGCUGGCACGCCUCUGCCUCUGCCACCUGCUCACCUGGUUCGCCAUCAUGGCCGAGGCCAUCUUCUACUCUGACUUCAUGGGCCAGGUCAUCUACGAGGGAAAGCCCACGGCUCCGGCCAACUCCACAGAGUUUCAGAACUACCACAAAGGGGUUCAGAUGGGCUGCUGGGGGCUGGUGAUCUACGCUGCCACAGCAGCUGUCUGCUCCGCUGUACUCCAAAAGUAUCUGGACAACUUCGACCUCAGCAUCAAGAUCAUUUACAUGAUGGGCACUUUAGGGUUCGCUGUGGGGACUGCCGUGAUGGCUAUCUUCCCCAACGUCUACGUUGCCAUGGUGAUGAUCAGCACGAUGGGCAUCUUUUCCAUGAGUAUCUCCUACUGUCCCUAUGCCCUGUUGGGCCAGUACCACGAAAUAAAAGAGUACGUCCUCCACAGCCCUGCCAACUCCAGAAGGGGCUUUGGCAUCGACUGUGCCAUCCUCACUUGCCAGGUAUACGUGGCCCAGAUCUUGGUGGCGUCGGCUCUGGGCGCGGUGGUGGAUGCCGUGGGCACGGUGAGGGUCAUACCCAUCAUGGCCUCGGGAGGCUCGCUCCUGGGCUUCCUCACCGCCACCUUCCUCGUCAUAUACCCUGACCUGCCUGACGACGAGGAGAGUGAAGAUGAGGAGGAGGAAGAAGAGGCCGCUUGUAUUCGCAGAGACCCCAGCGUCACGGUCAUGGAGUGCCACCUUGAUGACAAACCCAGCGGCCUGGCACUUAGAAACAAUAGCUGUAAGCUGAAGAUGGAAUCUUCCAUUUGAAAAUUUUCAACAAAGCCGUGAAAAUCUCACGACUGCACUACCUGUCCUUCGACUUAAUCCUUUUAGGGGUUCGGUUGUAUUAAACACUUAAGCAAAAAAAGGGGGUUCUAAUUAUAAUGUCUUGGAGGGAUGUUUAACCAGAGAUGGUGGAAAGGGAAAAUGUUUGGUUUAACUGAAAGUUCAAUGGGAGCAGUAGAAUGUGCAAGUAAAAUUCUAGAAGGACUUUUUUGCUUACUCCUCAAAGGGUUAAGAAUGGACUACGGAGCGUAGACAAUGCUGUGAGGUUUGGGAGGAGACCUCUUCUUUUUAUGAUUAUUUUGAUGUGACCAAGGUGUACAUCUGACUCCUUUAUAGCCAGAAGAAUCUAGCCAAGCCCAGAAUCUCAUCCUAGUGUUCUGAGGGCUUCAUACGUUCAUCUACUAAGAGUGCCUUCCUCGCCAUCAAGGACAAAGCAGCUCAUGUUGAGCCUAGUUGCCAAUACAAUCAAGGUUACCAGUUGAAAUAGAGGGUCAUUUUUUUACCAAAUGCCUUUUAAAUGAAACUUUCUGUCUUGCACAAAUAGUCGUGACCAAAACAAAAAAGCCUUUGUGUCUUCUGUUGUCCACUGUUCUGAAUGUCUUAUUGCAUUAUGUUUCUGUAGUAUCUUUUUUUUUUACAUUCCAUUCAGAAUUUCUAUUUCGAGGAAAUCACUGGAAAUCAGAAAGUGCCAGCACAUAUUUGUGUGACCGCUCCGAAGUCUCUCGUGUUGAGUUGCCAACUUUCCCCACCUGAUCUUGCCUUACACCAGAGAGCAACUGGCAGUGCCCGUACAAAAUCCACACCAGCCUCGGGGAACACAAACACACUACUCUCUAAUCUCCCAAAUACUCUGGAUCAUGCCAAAAAAAAAAAAACCUGCAACUAUAGGCGUAAGGGAAUCAAGAUUUCAAAAAAAAAAUGUUGGGAGAAUAUAAGUGAUAAUCGCUUUUUAGUUUGUUAUCAAUACCAUGUUUUGGUUGGUUUCAAAACCAUGUUUGGAUGAUUUAGGCUCAACUGUUGUAAGGCUGCAUGAUUUCUGGAAUGCAUUCUGUUCCUGUUCAGGCCUGUAAAUUUGCCUGUAAGAGUGCCAACUUCCAUGCUUAAGAAAGAAAUGACAGUGGACCUACCUACCCACCUACCGGGACAUAAUGUACACUACGGACCUAUGAGCGUUGUAAGAACCUGUGUUCGUGAUUAUAUUACACGCUGUGGUAUAGGCCUAAAUAUAGGCCCGCUCAAUGCAUAGUUUAAACCACGAUCCCUCCAAAAGCUAUGCACCUGCUGUUUCUGCAAUGAUUGUGGUUUAUCAGCAAAGGUAAGAACUAUAGGACCAAUUUCGACAUUGACAUGCUUGAUUUGUCAUUCAUGAUAUUGUUUUGAUCUACCAAAAGAGCUGAUCUUUGUACCGUGUUCACUGUAUUGACCGUGUGCUGCUGCAGAAACUCAAGAAUUCUUAUAUUUAAAGGGAAAGAAAUCAUUUGUAUUUAGAGAUGUAAUUUUUUGUAGUUAUUGUAUAAAACCAACGUGUGCUGUGUUGUAGUGCUGCUGUGAAAAAAAAUAUUUUGUUGGCACUGAGGAAUGGAAAGUGCUGUGUUUUUGUUAAUUAAAUAAGUUUUGCAGUUCA